GCUCCGAACCUUUUCAGUAGGAAUCACUGGGCGCAGUGGAGGCGGGUGAAGCACAACCCAGGUAUUGAGGCCUGAGCUCUCAUGCCGGUGGUCGCAGGUUCGAUUCCCGGCCUGGCUACAUUUGCCGCGUGUCYCUCAUUAACCUCUUUCUKGUCAAACUACYUUCAAGAAAAGGCCACUAGAGCCACGGGGUCAGAGGGGUCCAGUCAACUGGUUCUGCCCAUCAUCUAACAGCUUUCAGUCAAUUACAAAUGUUAAGAAUACACAUUUAAAAAYGUAUUAAAAAUUCAUCACUGGAGGUUGGAAACCUAUUCCCUCCAAAUAUUAGACCAUAACAUCCUGCACAAUAAYAUAUUSUCCAGGAAUGCCGCUUCAGGUCAAAGGUCACCCAUCCAGGAUGUCCAGGUUGCCGGUUCAAUCCCCGCUCUGUCUGCCGUUGUAUCAUUGAGCAAGAUACUUGACCCUCCUUACCUGCUGGUGGUGGUUCAACAGGGGGCGCCACUGCAUGGCCCUCUGGCCUCCAUCAGGCUGCUGUAGGGUAACUGUGGCUACCAUCUGGUAGCUCACCACCAUCAGUGAUGAGUACAGGACAGCUGAGCAGGUUUUCCUAAGCUGGACCCACAGAGUCUGAAGACAUAUCUGUUCUUACACACAGAAACAAUUUUAUUUUGGUGGUCUUCUCAGAGGGCCGAGGAUGGAACCCUGGGGAACACCCCCGCUAACUGCUAGCUUAGGUUGAAAUCCUUGUUAAUUUCAUGGUUUCCUUCCAGUUUUAGACAUUUAACAGUUUUAUCCUCUCCAAUUCUUGGACGGCCCACAGGAAGAUGCUCUGUGCUGCUAAAAUGACGAGCCUCUGGUUCUGAUCUGGAACUUGGCCCCAAACCGUUUUGACCCAGUUGUGAGAAGUGAAAUGCAGAGUUUGGCUCAGAAACUCGAAGCCUCCAGUUGACACUUAGAGGAAAUGACCCCCCUCCCCCAACAUGCCUGGAGCUGCUGGGCUUUAACCGUUUAGCUAAAAAUACAGAAACUCGACCCGGGAGACGGGCCGCCGGAUCGCAGGACCAGAACCCUAACCGGAGCAGUUCAGGCUCUUGCAGCACAUUCUGGAUCCAGGAAAUGUUUCUGCCCUGUCCAAACUCUGAUUGGGUCACUGCUGAAUCCAGAACUUCAGUUCCUUCAGGACCGGCGGAGAAAGUUCCUCCARCAACUGCUGAACCCUCCAUGUGUUCAUGUUUCWGCCGUCGGUCCAGCUCAACUUGUGUCUCUAUUUUGCAGAUCAGAACCGAGGAGCAACCAGAUCAUCCCAACCUGGAUCAUCUUCAGCAGGAAAACCUGCUGCAGACGCUUCCUCUUCCAUCUUCCUCCACUUCCACACACCGCUGGCCCCAGCAGAAGGACCUCCGCCCAUCACCUGCACCUGAGGGGGAGGAGCCUGGAGCACCUGAGGGGGAGGAGCCUGGAGCACCUGAGGGGGAGGAGCCUGGAGCACCUGAGGGGGAGGAGCCUGGAGCCUUCGUCCUGGAUCUGAGGAAAUUCCCUGAUCUGGCCAAUGUUUAUGUGGGCUCCCAGAAUCCCAACAUCCAGGUGACCAUUGAGGUGAUGGAGGCCUCCCAGAYYGAGGUGGAGAUGGACCUGGCCAAGGAGAACCAGCGCAACGACUGGUCCGAGUCGCCAUCCGAGUGGAUGAGCAAGAAGCUGUUCUGGCCGCUAUUCUGGGAGAGCAGGCUGGCAGGAACCGGGCCUGAGGACUACGGCUACGACCCGGCGGACGCUGUGCYGGGCUGGAGCGAAGAGGGGGAGACCAACGACAGCUUUGAGGGUGAAGGGUGGAGUGACUGGGCCCCAUGCAGCACCACCUGCGGACCUGGAUCUCAGAAACGGACGCGGUCCUGCGGCUCCGGCUGCACAGCAGCAGAAUCACGCACAUGUGACCUGGAGAGCUGUUCCAGCGCUGUGGUCACAGAGGCCGAGGUGACGCCGCUCCACCAGUUCAACAACACAGACUCCAGUGUGGACAGCUGUGAAAAGUGGCUGAGCUGCAGGAACGAGUUCCUCCAGAAGUACCUCCACCAGGUGCUGACCCAGCUGCCCUCCUGCCCCUGCUCCUACCCCUCAGAGGCCGUCUACGGCGCCAUCAGCAUCCCGGACCGCAGGCUGCGCAGGACGUACCGCUGGAGAGACGCCAGCGGGCCCAAAGAACGGCUGGACAUCUACAAACCUUCGGCCCGGUUCUGCGUCCGCUCCAUGCUGUCCUACGACAGCCUGACGCUAGGGGCGCAGCACUGUUGCUAUGACGACCGGAUGAGGCUGAUCACACGCGGCAAAGGCGCCGGAGCGCCGGACCUGAUCGGCGCCGAGUUCUCCCCGGAGCUGCAUUACCAGGUGGACGUCCUGCCCUGGAUCCUAUGCAAAGGAGACUGGAGCCRGUUCCACUCGGCCAGGCCGCCCAACAACGGGCUGACCUGCCUGGAGAACCCGGCCGAACCGGCGUUCCAGACGGAGCUCAGAGAUGCCCGGGAGUACUGAGGCCCGGUUCUGAGAGACAGAACGACCCGUCCAAAUAUGAAACCAUCGGACCUGAGCAGCUGUGUGUGUGUGUCAUUAUUAUUAUUGUUAUUUUGUUAUGUAGACCAACACAAGCUAGAAUAAAGUCUGGCAAGUUUUCCUACUUAA